AUGCGCGGCAUCAAGCACUAUCUAUUCGGAAACUUCCUGGGUCACUUCAACGACCACCAUGCCUCUCCGUCUGCCAGCGAGGAGGAAGAGGAGAGCGAGAAGGAGCUCUACAUGCCGCGAGACUACAAGCCGCCCACCAAAUCGACUGUACGCUUUGGCCGAAUGGGGGCGAACUGGGGUCAGUACCGGGCCAAGAUCAUCGUGGAAUCACGAGUUGGCAAGGAAGUCAUCCGAAGACAGUUCGAUGGCAUCCGCGCGCACCGACGGGAGGUGCCACCUGGCAUGGCCCAAAAGUUGGCCAAGGUGUCCGGCGUUCACACCAUCGAGAUCAUCCAGUGCAAACUGCAAGAGGAGCCACCUCUCCACGAGCUCCACGGUGUGGUGGUGCUGCGCUUGUCAAAGAACGAGCUUACUUGCCUCAGCAGGGGGGAGAGACCUCUCCAGAACGAUCAGCCCCAGAAGCAGUACAGGCUGGAGAUCCUCGCGUGCGAUCGAAAUCGGUUGCAGAUGGUGGAACCAGGUGCCCUCUCCGGGCCUUUCGUGAUGUGCCUGCAGGUCUUGGACCUUUCGCGAAACCAGCUCUCCUUCCUUCCGGAUGGCUUUCUCCACGGUGCCAAAGCCUUGCGCUACCUGGACUUGUCCUUCAAUCGGUUAUUUACUCUUCCCGACAGCAUCCUCGACUGUAAGCAGCUGUUGAUUCUGCAUGUGGACAACAACGAGCUCGAGAAGCUGCCGAACGACAUCGGAGCGCUGAAGGGCCUUCGAAAGCUUUCAGCCUCGUACAACAAGAUCUCUGAGCUCCCUCCUACGAUCGGAAGCUGCAAGCUGUUAGAGAAAAUCCGUGUGGUUGCCAACCAGAUCACUGUAAUGCCGUACUCGCUCUUGAAGCUGUGGAAGCAAAAGGGUGGCGCGCUUGAAGAGCUUCUGGUGGAGGGAAACCCUCUCCUGCAGCCUAGCAUCACCGCCUUCCAAAUGGGAGGUUUGGACCGUGCCUUGCGCCUCUUCAGCGAAUGGGUGAAAGCCCAGCUCGAGCUGGAGCGCCAGAAGUUGGCAGAAAACCCGAAGGAGAAGGAUGCGCGCAAGCCGGCGCCCAUCUCUGAGGCUCCAGAGGGCACGGAGAAUCGGGCAUCGGUGGCGUCCAGUGCUAGGGCAUCCGAGCUGCGACUUUCCAGCUUCUUUGGAGUCACAGAGGGGGAGAAGCCCGAGGAAGAUCCAGACGAACCAGUAGAGCCGGAUCGACCACCCUUGGAGUCUCUAAACCUGGAGUUGGUUCAGGUCAUCGACGAGACAGGCAAGCGCUUGUCGAAGUUUGCUCUGUCUGCACAGGAUUUGCCGAGGUUUGUCUCCGAUCGCCAGCAAAGCGGUAAGGGGGAUCCCGGAGGCGACAUGUACUACUUCUCGCAUGUCGUCUCUGAUCACCAUGCCAUCCUGGCGAUUCGAGAUGCCGAAGCCACCUUGUUGAUGCUGAAGAAGCGUUUCUUUGUGAUGAAGCAGAAGGAGCUCGCUGCGCAGCUUUCCUCCCGCAGUAAAGACAUGGGCUCCAUGGGCGAACUGACGCCAGAGUUUCUUGAGCUUGUCAAGAGCAACUUUGACACAGUGCGCUUUAGUGGGCAAGUUCCGGUCCAGGAUCUGGACCUCUACUUCUGCACGCUGGUCUAUGGUAGCAAGCCUGCUUUCACGUCCAUCCAUGCGCUUUGGGACAAGUUUGAAGUUGGCGAGAAAGGCUACAUGACCAAGGACGAAUGGUUCAACCUGUGCACUCGCGUCAAAACGAAGCUGCCGCAGAAAGUUCAACAAGAGCUUUGGGAUCUCCUUUCGUGGAGGAAUCCCCUGCAGAUGUUGAAGAAAGACUUCGUGGCAGGCUGGCAUGUCCAC